AUGGCCACCCACCUCGCCGCCGUCUCCCUUGCAAAAGGAGAGCCUUUCGAGGUCCACACUCGGCCUACGCCAAAGCCAGGCCCAGGCGAGCUCCUCAUCGAGAUCAAAUCUGUAGCCCUCAACCCGGCAGACGGCCACAUGCGUGACCGAGGACUCUUCAUUUCCACCUACCCCACGGUAAUCGGCUUCGACAUCUCAGGGCUAGUCCUCGAGGUCGGCGAUAACGUUCCCAUCGGUGCUACCGAUGAAGAUACUCACCACUGUUUCCGACCGGGUAUCACACGUGUCGCCGCAUACGCCGCCUCCUUCUGGAGAUCCUGCGACCCUGACCACGGCGCCUUUCAGGAGCGGUGUCUCGUCCCCUGGCAGCACGCCGUGCCCUCCCGGAGGGUAUUUCUUGGAACCAAGCAGCAACACUGCCCGUCGCCGUUGAAUGUGGGUACGAUGGGCGUGCAAAGUGCUCGACUACUGCGGGAAGAUCGCGACUCUUCUUUCGCCGCCGUGUACGCUACUGCUGGUGCGGCGAAUAUGAAGUACAUAGGCACCCUAGGCGCGGAUCGCGUUUUCGAUUACAAUGAACCGCAGGUUGUUGAUGCGAUUGUUGCGACAGCCAGAGAAGACGGCCUAGUUAUUCGGCACUGCUUUCUUGCCACGGGACAGCUGGCGCCUUGUCAGGCCGUGCUCAAAGCUUUUGUCGGGGAUAAUAACGGGCAAGAAAAACUGAAGGCUAAGAUCGCGUCGGCACCGAUCAUCCCUCCCGAUGCCGAGGAGGUGAACGGGGUGGAAACUAUCUUUGUGAUGCCAUCGACGGAUGAGGGUGAGAGGUUGGAUCAAUUCCGGUAUUGGAUGGGGACAUGGCUUAGGGAGAACCUGGUUAAAGGAACUAUCAGGCCCAGUCCGGAGCCAAAGGUUGUGGGGAAGGCUUUGGGGGCUAUUAAUAUUGGGCUGGACAUGCUAUGGCAAGGUGCCAUAUACGUGUAUGCCAAACUCGAUAACUUGACGGAUCGACUGGCCGCAGAACUCCUGCAGCUUUCCGGGAAACUAUAUUCCUUCCUCCCUAUUAUGUGUCAUAAGUCGGCGUUGGCCGUCGCGGCCAUGCUGGCGGCGUGGAAGUCAGGAGCAGCCUUUGCCCUUAUUGACCCAAACCUACCGAGGGAGCGCCAGGAAUCUGUGCUGACGCAGCUUCGGAGUGGAGCUGUCUUCAUUCCUACAAACGCGGAGCGAAACAACUUGCUCCCAGCGUUUAUGCGGGAACAAGCCAUCAACACCAUGCUGUUGACACCUAGCGUGCUGCAAAUGUUAAACCCUGCAGAGUGCCCAACAGUCAAGACCGUUUUCACAGGUGGCGAGAAGAUGUCCGCGUUGGCCAUCGAAAAGUGGUCCUCCCAGGUCAGGCUCAUGAACGCCUAUGGACCCACCGAAACUGCCGUUCUUUGUUUCCCGUGUGAUCGAGUCACGAGUCUCACCUCUCCGGAAAAGCUUGGGUGGGCUCUAGGAGCCGUGGGAAAGCUCGUUGUUUGUGGCCUGACACUUGCACGGGGAUAUCUUAAUGAUCCGACGCGGACGGCAGCAGCUUUCCUGGAUGAUCCAGCUUGGGUACCGGACUUUGGUCCUGACAAUAGGGCGUCACGACGGGCGUACCGCACAGGCGACCUGGUUCGGUACGACGAUGAUGGCUCAGUGCAUAUUAUUGGCCGAAAAGAUCAGCAGAUCAAGCUACGUGGUCAGCGUAUCGAGCUGACCGAGAUUGAGCUUGCCGUGCACAGCCUCCUUCCGCACGGUGAUGUGUAG